UCUCUCAUUUUCUUGUUUAGAAAAGUUAUCAACUAAGUGGUCGAACUCUUCGUAAACUACCAUUCCUUGCACAUGCGCUGUACUCAAAAGCGCAAACGAUAACCUUAGAAGAGUUUUUGAAUAAUCUUUCAAUGGUUGUCGACAAGCAGUUCAAAGAAAAAGAGAAUCUUUGCUCAGUUGGUGAAGAAAAAAGCGUGCAAACGUGAUCUUUUUAGCGAUUGUAUACUUUUUAUACAUUCAUAGUAAUAUUUUGGAUAUGUUUUGUUGAAGAUUAAGAUUUUGUAUUGCUCAAUUUAAGUUCAAUAAGUAACAUAGAUCACAAAGUUUGCUAAUUUAUAUUGAUGCUUUAAGACUCCUUACAUGACGUUUCCGCAACACACCCGAGGUCAAAGUUCGUAUAUAUUAAAAUGCAACAAUGUGUAUAGUUCGUUAUUGAGGAUAAUGUAUAGAUUAUUUUACAUAGGGAAAGAUAUUUAUACGCUAUAGUUAAUUGUAACUGUUUAAUUUCAACUUAUGUUUACAUUAAAUGACAUCCUUAAGCCAACUUUACUAAUAUUGAUCGCUAUUUUCGUGUUAUACAUCUAUAAUCAUCUUGUUGUUAAAGAUUUGAAGCUUUGCUGCGAUAAUACAGCAGAGAAUUAUUCUCAUUAUGAUUUGGUCGUUGGAAUACUUUCAUCGCGCGGCAACUUUGAUUUGAGGCAAAGUUUACGUGAAUCAUGGGUUGGCUAUGCAAGACGACAUUCAUCUCUAAAUAAAAGGCUCUCGGCGACUUUAAGUUUUUCCUUUGUAAUGAAAACUGACGAUGAUUGUUUUGUUAACCUGGAGACCAUCUUACAGAUAAACUUCAAAAAUACUUAUCUUCAAUCUAGCAAUCCAGUAUCAGACUCUCUUAAAUUAUUUGCUGAAAAUGAAAUGAUGCUUACCGUAUCAUGGCAAUGAUAGCGAGACGAAACUUGGCGUAAGUUAUUUCCUUUGGGAAAUUCAAACUACCCGAAGACACUUGCCUUUGUACAUAUGCAACAUAAUAUUUGUACAUAGGUAAACUGAACAAGAAUAAAAA